ACAUACAGGCACACACACACACACACACAAUCAUUCAUACACCACACACACAUGCAAAUAAAUGCACGGACGUACGCACAGACGCACCCAUACACAUACAUUCAUGCCCACACACUCACACACACGCACACACAUACACACACACACACACAAACGCCACACAUCUACAGUGCGUCAGUAAGCAUCCUCUUUGGUUUCAGACGGAGUCGACAGAAGGGCUCAUCUCUGAGCAGCCCCUGGCCCCCAGUCUUCUGUCUGAGGGCCACAGGGCCCCCAUGCGUGGAUCCAGGAGCCCCAACCUCAGCCAGCGGGACACGUCCUGGACCCAGUCAGAGCUCUCGCCUCUGGAGCUGCAGGCCCCAGAUCCGCUGGAUUUCUGGAUGGAUGACAUCUACACCCCAGCCUCAGACAGGCUCCUGCAUCGCAAGCGCCCCUCACGGAAGUGCCCCCCGGCCAGAGCCUAUCGCCUCGUCGCACUCUGCGUGACCGCUGCCGCCAUCUUAGUGCUCAUCAUAGUCAUCCCUAUCUGUACAGCAUAGCUCCUUUCUCUCCCUUUCUCUUUCCCUUUCUCUCUCUCUCUCUCUCUCUCUCUCUCUCUCUCUCUCUCUCUCUCUCUCUCUCUCUCUCUCUCUUUCUCUCACACGCACAAACACACACACAAUAACAGACACACACACUUAUCACUUUCAUACUGAGCUCGUGUAAUGCAACGGUAUGCCCUCUACAACUAGCUAAGAGAAUCUUCUUCAAAUAAAAACAUAACUAGAGAGUUGAA